AUGUCGCCACGACCCUUUGCCGAUUCCCCUGCCUCGGCGCUUUACGAGUCGACCCCACUUCUCGUCUUCGGCGGCGCGGCGAUUCUCCUCGCGGCGUUCCUGUACACUCGCGCGCAGAAUGCUUCAAAGCGAGGUCCUUUGCCCCCAAGCCCCAAGGGAGCGAUCCCAAUCUUUGGGCACAUGUUCAUGCUCCCCAAGAGUAGACCUUGGGUCAAGAUGGAAGAGUGGACUCGCGAACUCGGUUAGUUCUUUCCCCGCUCAACCGGAGCCCCACUUGCAUGGCGAAGUCGUCGCAGGGCGUCGUGCAGCCCGAACGACGGGAUUUGGCCCUCUGUUCCCGCGUACGGAAAAGGUUUCUUCUCUUGCGCAUGGAACUGAUGCAGCCUCCCACUGUGCCACCGUGCUUCGCGCCACAGGCCCCAUCUACACGCUCAAGCUUGGAUCACAAACCGUAGUCGUCGUUGGCCGAGCCCCAGUGGCGAUGGAUUUGCUCGAUAAGCGCUCGGCCAUCUACUCGUCGCGACCACGCCUCAUCAUGACCUCGGAUCUCGUCUCGCGUGGGUUGCGCAUGACCUUUAUGCAGUACGGCGAUCUGUGGAGGAGGCAGAGGAAGCUGCUGCAUUCGUUGACAAGCCCUAAGGCGUCGAGCUCGUACGAACCUAUUCAGUCUAUGGAGAGUGCCCAACUGGUCCGAGACAUGAUUCAAAAGCCCAAAAUGUUCUGGGGUCAUUGCCAACGGUGAGUGCGGCGCUUGGCUACCAGCUGCAUCAGGCAACAAGUUCGCUAAUCGUCAGAAAAAUCUUCUGCGGACUGCGUAGGUACGCCGGUUCGACCAUCAUGCAAGUCGCUUUCAACAAGCGCGCCCCGACUCACGAUGAUCACGCCAUUACCGAGAUGCGCAAGAUUAACGAGAGGAUGACCAAGACCGCUGUGGCGGGUCGCUACAUUGUCGAUUCGUUGCCAUUCCUCAACGUCCUCCCCAAGCCUCUCGCGCCGUGGAAGCAGGAGGCCGACACCUUGUUCGAGGAGACGCUUUCCCUGUUCAAGUCUCACUACGACGGUGUCAACAAUGAGGUCAAGGAAGGCCGCGAUGUGCACUGCUUUGCGACCGAGAUUCUGCGCCUCCGUUCCCAGUACGACCUGUCUGAAACCGAGGCGAUCUUCCUCGCUGGAGCGAUGUAUGGUAAGUCUCGUUUCGUCUCUUUAAUCCUCGAAGCCCCGAGACUUGCGCUGACACAUGUACAAUUUGCUCCUGCUCAGGUGCUGGCUCGGACACGACAGCCGAUGGUAUCUCGACUUUUAUCCUAAUGAUGGUCGCUCACCCGCACGUGCUCGCCAAGGCCCAGGAAGAGCUCGACCGCGUUAUCGGUCACGAGCGACUGCCCGAGUUCAGCGACCAAGACGAUCUCGUCUACUGCCAAGCGGUCGUCCGAGAGUGCCUUCGAUUCCGAACGAUCAUUGCAGGCGGUCUUGGCCACCGCUCGACCGAGGACGAUGUUUACAAUGGUGCGUGCUACCCUUGGAUCACCGAGCGCAUGGCCUAGGAUACUGACCAUAGCGCUGUCGCACCAUGCAGGCUACUUCAUUCCGAAAGGCACAACUGUUCUCGCAAACCACUGGGCCAUCCAUCUGGAUCCCGUCAGUCGAUCUGAUUUAUUUGCCUCACCAAAGCAGCGGUCCUCGCUGACCACCUAUUAAGAUAAUUUCCACAGGAGGUCUACCCGGAGCCGAAUGUGUUCAACCCGGACCGUUUUAUUGUCGACGACAAGCUCGUCGGGACCAAGUACGCAGAGAGGGGUCAUCACGCUUAUGGGUUUGGUCGCCGUAUCUGCCCGGGCAUGCACAUCGCAGACCGUUCGCUCUUCAUUGUUUUCACGCGCAUGAUGUGGGCAUGCAAGAUUGAGCAUGAGGUCGACGAGCAUGGCGUCCCGAUCCCUGUCGACAUCGACCGUUUCUCCGAAGGCUUCUCGAGCCACCCGCUGCCGUUCCAGUGCAAGAUCUCGAGCCGGGGCAAAUGGGCCGAAGAAGCUAUCGAGCUCGCCGUUCAGCAGCAACCGUGA